GGCGCGGAGUUGUGUCGAUGAGGGUCGGCGGGGCCUCCCACCGGGCUGGCAGCAGGGUUGUGUGAGCUCCGUGCAUAGUGCUACUGAUUUGGUUCCUCUAGCAGCAGCCUAGGCCCCUUUCUGGCAUUGCUGCUUCCAUCAUCAAGUCCUUGCCAGGUGCUGCUGCUAGUAACCCACCUUCUUCCCUCAGAUGUGCUUAUCCUGUGACAACAUUUGGAUGGAAGCAACUGAUUAGCACUAGGCCUAUUUUCCCCUUUCUGUUUGGUGUGAGCUGUCUUCAGAUUAUGUACAAUGGGACUACGGAUUCAUUUUGUUGUUGACCCUCAGGGCUGGUUCUGUAUGGGCCUGAUCAUCUUUGUUUGGCUUUUCAACACUAUCUUCAUUCCAAAAAUCAUCCUCUUUCCACACUAUGAGGAGGGACAUAUAUCUGCAGUUACAAUACUGUGUUACUACAUAUUUGCAUUAUUCUGCAUUGUCUCGUUGGUGAGAGCCUCUGUAGCUGAUCCUGGAAGACUACCUGAAAGCCCAAAGAUACCAAAUACAGAAAGAGACUUUUGGGAGUUAUGUAACAAAUGUAAUAUGAUGAGACCAAAGCGUUCCCACCACUGCAGCCGCUGUGGACACUGUGUUAGGAGAAUGGAUCAUCAUUGCCCAUGGAUUAAUAACUGUGUUGGUGAAGAUAAUCACUGGCUGUUUUUGCAGUUAUGUUUCUACACAGAACUCCUUAGUUCUUACACCCUGCUACUUGAUUUCUGCCACUGUUACUACUUUGAACCACUAAAAAAAGUCAAUUGGGAUCUAUUUGUAUUUAGACAUGAACUUGCCCUGACAAGAAUAUCUACCUUCAUGGGUUUAAUAAUGCUAGUUGGAAUUAGCGGACUCUUUUAUACUCAGUUAAUUGGUAUAUUCAAUAUGGUGGAAAACUCCCAGUGGAUACAUCAAACCCUGGACACGACAAGUAUAGAAAAACUGGCAAACUGCUGUGAAGAAAUAUCGAGACCCCGAAAGCCAUGGCAGCAGACCUUCUCAGAAGUUUUUGGCACUCGCUGGAAGAUCCUGUGGUUUAUUCCUUUCAGGCAAAGGCGACCACUGCGAGUUCCCUACCACUUUGCCAAUCAUGUCUAAACAGAUGGAUGGUGGGCACAGAUGGGUCCUCCAUGCUGGAAGUGCAUUGCAGGUUUUGUGAUAAUAGAACUAUGACAGUCUUCAAGUCAAUUAAAAUCUACCCACCAAUCUUAGACAUCACAAUGUGCCCCAGGCUUUAUUUUAAUAAUAAUGAUCUUGAUUCCGUUUUGGGAUUAAUGUACAUUUCUCUGUUUGCUUUUAAAGUGUACUUACUUUCAAAUUAGCUUUCCAGAGGAAUUACUAUAGUAUUUGAGCUUAAUAACAAACACAGUGUUUGCUCUACAAAUGGUACAACAUUUUUGUUUUGAUAUUGGAUAAUACACUGAUACGUUUUGAUAGAAACUCUGUUAUCUACACAGAUCAAUAAGUUUGAAAUGUGUCUUGUCUGCCUUGAUUUUUUAAUUCUUUUUUAUUAAUACUUCCUGGAUGAAAUUCCUUUCCUGCUAAUCUGGUUUAGCAUCCUCAAUGCCUUUUAUUUAUGAUACAUGAUGUACAUGUUUGUCUCUGGAAAGGAUGGCAUGUUAAUAGUGUUUUUAAAGGAAGGUCAGUUGUGUGUCUCAAGUCCCUAGUUUUAUACAGAUGUGUUUUUAGUAUUCUAGUGUAAAAAGAAAAGCCCAACCUAAUGUUACUGUAAAUUGGAAAAAAAAUGUUUUCCUUUCUCAGUUUGUAAAUGCAAUGAAUAGCCCUGUGUGGUAGAUGUGUAUUAGAAAUGCAUACUGGGAUGUCACCAUGUAGCCUUUAUUGAGCUCCUUUUAAGUUCUGUUGGUUUCACUGGAAGAGUAAAGUACAUGUUCAACCAGUUCCAGAAGAGUAGCCAUUUUAGACUGUUGUAGCCAAAACGACAGAGCCUUGUAGCACCUUAAAAGCUAAUUUAUUCUGGCUUAAACUUUCCUGGACCCUGGUUGUACUCUUAUACACACUGGGAGUAGGUCUUGUUGAACUUAAUUAUGAGUAAAAUGCACAGGAUUGUGUUAACUGCUUAAUUUUUGGCCUGUAUUUGAUUGUGCCUGUAGUUUUUACAAAUCAUAAUAUGUGGUAUAAACAUAUACUGUGUUGUUCCCACAAUUAUAUUUGUUUUGUAUAGCCACUGCUAGUAAUAUUUAGAAUUUAAAUUUCAGAUGUUUAUAGAUUGGGUAAUAUAUGUUGGGCAUAUUUUUAAAAUGAUAUUUAUAUAGUAAAUAUGGAUGUUAAACAUUAGCUACUGCAUAUAAUGUUCUAAUUCAGUAUGUCCAGUGGAUAUAAAAGGUGAAAUGAAGCAGCAUAUGCCCAUAUAACAAGAUUAGAGCUGUUCAAAAUGGUGGUCUGCAUCUUGGAUCUGUGCUGUGGUUUACGAUUUGUGUCAGAUACUGGUCAGUAUGAAAUCUUCUAAAUUUUACAAGAUAGUGUUUAAAGUCUGCUGUUCAAAAGGCUUAUUCACUGGACAUAAGCAACAUGUUGUGACCAAGUUCUUUGUGAGGAGUACAGUUCACAGAUUCAAGGGGUGAUGACACGAUGCCAGUGCAAGGAAAUCCUAGUUUCAGUAUUGGCACAGAAGUAGCUAUGUUGUGCUACCGCUUUUUCUCUGACCUUGCCUUGCAAUAACUCCCCACCUCACCCCAUGGUAUUGUCAACCUGAGUCCCUUCAGCCUGUGGCCUUGCACAGCUUCCUUUGUGCCUACCAGAUCUAUGCGUCCAGCCAUAUCCAACAGUGAAGCCAGUCGUUACAGGGGCAGGUAUUGAUAAAUGAUACCUCUCAGUUGAGACCUGUGAACCAUGGUCUAGACCUUCCUUUAGGUCCAAUUUAAAUAAGAUGCUUCCACAGACAAAUUGUCUGAGUAGUGCUUCACAUAAUUUUGCAUGUGAAAGAUUGCAGCAUUUGCACUCCAGCAAUUUGCAGGCCAUGUGAUGCGGCACAUAAAAAUUGCAUAAAGGUAAGAUGGUACAUGGAAUAAGCACCUAUGACUGAUGUUAGAUAGUAACUAGCUCAUCCUUCUGUCCUGCCAUACAAAAGCAGAACCAGGUGUACUGUUCUGCAGUGUGUCUAAGAGAUGGUUAACAUCAGAUUGUUAUUAGCAAAUAGUUUCCAGACAGUAAGAACAUUCUGGUAGAGCUCAAAUGUAACAGUGCUUAGGGCUUUUUAAAGACUUGCUCUGUACAAGUUUCCACCCUUUGCUGAACAUUGUUUUUCCUGGUAAUUUUGAUGGCAUCAGCAUUGUAAUGAAGAUGACCCAGCAAUUACUUCAUGGUUUGGUUUAAUCACUCAUGUCUUAAUUUGAGUUGUGUGCUUGGUUGUGUUUAAAUCAGGUUUUAGGAAAGCUGAAAUAUAUUUAGACUUACUCCAUACAGUUUUAUUUAAAAAAGAAUUAAGAAUGCUAAUCUUCCAAAAGUCACAAAACCCUUGGAAAUUUUAGGCUCAAUUAGUGUAUAUGUUUUCUUUGUAAGGGAUAUAACUAGUGAUCCUUUUCACUAGGAUUGUUUGUGAACUGGAUCCUCUAACUUAACAUUUAGAAAUGUAAUAAUAAUAAAUUUUGAUACUAAACAGAACAAUUGUUCUGUAUACUAAUACCCAUUUAUUUAAAAAAAUCAAUUUGAGAACUAACACUUAAAAGUAUUGAGCUUUUGUUCAAUUUGUUACUACUUUCUCUUUAAUUGGCUAUUGCUUAAGUUAGGGUGAGCAAAUGUUAUGAAACAUGUCUUUUGCAAAGCAUUCAUUUAAGGUCAUUUUUUAUACAUUCCUAAAACCAGUUCAGUUCUAGAAGUCACCACAUGAACCAUGAGCUUGAGAGAUCAGUCCUUCUCUUGUUCUCAAAGUGCCCUCUCUUGGCUGACUUGUGUAAUGGCAUUGGCAUUCCACUGAAUGGCAUUCCACUGCCAUUCUAAAUUAAGAAAGCCAUAAGUAAAGUAUCAGCAUGUCUAUCUUUUCACAGAAGAGUAUAUUUGAGCCAAAAAACAUGCUUAGAUGAGAUGUCCCUGAAUGACUAGAAGGAAAGAAACACUAACAUUUGGACACUGUACCCCUGAUUUGCCAAUGUUCCUAUUAGGAACAGCAAGAUGAAUAUGGAUGUGUGUGCUUGCUGUAACAUCAGUACUCAGCCUUGACACUGAAGCACUAGAGGCCUACAUGCAUAGGACAAAUGCCAAUUAUAUUAUACUAUGAUACAGAGGUAGAGAACAUAGAGCUCAGAAACUUUUCUUGGUACUUACCCAUAUUCCCAAAUUUUAUCUUAAAAACAUUUUUAUGUUUUAUUACUGGCAACUGGGAUUCAAAGCCUCUAGCUGCUGCUAUCUUGUUUUGCUUUCAUGUCUGUGGGAAGGUUGUUUGUCCACCUAUGGCAGCCAUUUUAUGGUUGUGUCCAGGGUGACUUCUCAGACUUUCAAAAGAAUGCAUAAGAUGUUGCCUAGCCCUGCUCUAAUCAGUCAAUCUUUUGUCAGUUCUCAGAAGGUGUGUCAUUUCUGGAUAGUAUUUACUCUUCGGAACCCAGGUCACAGGUAUUUUUAUACCUUUAACAAUUCCUGUACUUUUAAUUAUACAGUUUCUAUUUUAAUUCCAUAUUAAAAUACAGUGAUGAUGUCAGUUAAAAUGAAGUAGGGAGGCCGUGUUCAUAUUACCUCCUUUUAAUAUUAAUAGCCCUGUUGGUUCUCCUCAUAAUGACUAAACCCAGAUUUAAAUCCUAGGAAAUUCCUUUCCUGAUAGAUCUGAAAGAUAACAUUAGGAUAAUAAAUUGAGAGAUUAGUUGGAACUAAAUAUGUUUAAUAUAACUAGGACAGCUGCUUAAAGUUUUACCCUAUUUUGCAUCUGUGCUAUUUGUUUAUAAUCCCUUAAUUUUUAGAUGGCUGAACUGAGGUAGUUUAAAAGUGCAUAAUGUUCAUAAAGCGCUAAGGAUUACACAUUCUAAGAGGUGGUUUUGGGAAUGUCUAGUUUUUGUCACUUAAAUAAUUGAUAUAUAUUCAAGGUAGAAUUACUUUAUUAAUUAAAGGCCAUUUUAAUGUCUUAAUUUAGCAUUCCAUCAUAGUACCUUUCAGAUAAUUACCAGCACUGCUGUUUUCAUGAUGAUGAGUUUCUUUAGUUUUAACUCUUCUGUUCCCUAGGUGGACUAGAGCAAUGGUCUCAUACAUACUAUAGAAUUGGCAGUAUUGAGAAACAUAGAAACAGAGGAAGUCAGAAGGGGCCUCCUGGACCAUCUAGUUUGACCCCUUGGUACAUAUUUAUCUAUGUACAUCCAAAUCUAUGUUAUAUAAAAAUUGAUCUUAAUUCAUUAUUGCCCAUUAGAAACAUCCUGGAUGAUCCUGCCCUCUGCACGCUGGGCAGGGUGUAUUUCUACUACUGAUCAUGGGACACUACCCAUGGCUGGAGAAACAUGGGGCAGCCUGGCACAGUUACUGACUGCUGCCUUGUGAUGACCAGCAGUCCAAGUAGAUAAUGACCCUGUUGUGCUCCACUAUUUGCUGGGAUUUCUGAGGGUCUUUCUGUCACCCCCAGCAUGCAGCCUACAAACCUCACACAAUAGAAGUUAAGCACUGCAUCUUCCCACAUGGAUUGAGAGGUCUGGAGAUCUCCCUGUGCAUUCUGGGAAGCCUGGAGUGAGGAAAAACUUUGGUCCAGUGUGGUAUGGUAGUUAGAGUGUUGUACUGGAGACCAGGGAGAUUUAGGUUCCAGCUUGCACUUGGUCAUGAAGCUCACUGGGUCACCUUGGGCCAGUCAUUCACUCUCAGCCUAACUUACAUCACAGGUUUUUGUUGUCAGAAUAAAAUAGAGUUUCUAUAAGCUGCCUUGGGUUCUUCACAAGAGGAAAAAAGGCAAGAUAUACAUGCAAUAUAAUAAUGGCAAUUACCUUGCUUUUCUUUCUCUUGUAAGGAAUCCAACACUCCCUACAAGGUUCUCCUCCUCUUUAUUUUACCCUCAUAGCAAUAACUCUUUGAGAUAGAUUAGACUGAGAGUCUGGGACUGGUCCAAGGCAACCUAGUGAAUUAAAUGGCUGAGUGGGGACUAGAACCCAGAUCUUGCGAAUCCCAGUGCAGCACUCCUAACCACUACACUGACUGAUUAUGUGUCUUGCACAUGUACAUUGAAUCAAGAGUGCUGUAGCAGCUUCUUCCUGGACUUCAAAGUGAUUGAGUGAACAUAGUGCCUCUACACGGGCUGAACAAUCUCAUUGUAAUCCUGUUUUAAUAUCCCCCUGUCCAGGUGAGAAAUUGUGAACAGAUCCUCUCUUUUUAUUUUCAGACAUUUUAGUGGGAAAUAAUGCACAAUGAACUAUGAUCAGAUUUAUAAAUGCCAAAUGAAGAGAUUGAUACAGAGGCAAAAUAGAGUUAACAUUCAUGCAGACAUGGCCAGGUUUCUUAACCUUUUGUGGCAGUAAAGGAAAACUAUUAUAAUUAAUAACAGAUACAUCAGGACAUAUUUGUAAUUAGAAAUGGCAUUGUAGUCUUGAAAUAUGUUUAUGCUCCAGGCUUACUGAUGGGGAGUCUAAUGCCAUAACAGACAACUAACUCAGGUACAGUCUUUCUUUAUGGCCGUGUUUCUAUAUACAUUCCACCAUUUCAUGGCAUCUCACUAGUAAAAUGAAGAAUAAUUCAACACUUGCCUGUACCAAAGAAAACAGUUUGUUUUUAUCAGCUUUGGAGCUUUAUAUUACAGCAUGCACAGCCUUUAUAAAACUGGAUUUGUCAUAUGUUAAAUAUAUUUCUAUUCUAUAUAUUGUAAACCUGGUUGGAUCUCAGAGCAUAUUUUUUAAAACUCCUGAACUAAUCCAUGUUUGUACCACUGCCACGGAUGCAUAAUACAAUGCCUAGGAAAGGUCAGCAGAGCCAGAUUAGGUCCACUGUUCUCAGAACCACCUAUAUCCUCUUUUAGUGUAGAAUGUAGCUAGUGCAACUUUGCAUGGCCUCCCUUGGUUAGCACAGGAGCCGUCUUCUCUUCCUUGUCCUAAGUUAAUUAGAUGCCUUAGUCCUAUUAGAUAGCUAAACCUUUCUAUUAUUGUGAGUUUAGAAGAUAAUUCUAAUCCAAACAUUGGUGAUGGUUUUAUUGACUAUUUGUAAGUAAGCCCCCCACAGCCAGUAUGAGCACCCAGCAUUCUGGCGCUGGGGUCUCUGCUAGGGCUCUCUUUCAGCAAUUUCCACCUUUAGUGCUCCAGAUCAUUGUUUGGACAUUUAAGUGAUAACUGGUUUCAGUUCUUGAGGCACCACUCCUGCCUUUCGUAUUGCUAGGGAAACCCAUGGAGUCCAUGGUGAAUCCCAUUGUGUGCAGUUAGAGUUACUCCCAGGCAUAGAAUUAUAGUCUUAGGAAUAAUGGUUACCUACCUCAUAGAGACAAACAAGGCAAACAUCUCAAGGCAAUUCACCUGAUAUGACAAGUUAUGCACUUGUUUAAAAAUUACCUUUCAGUUCAUUCAGCUUGCAGCAUAGCUUGACUGGGAUGUAAUAUGAUGUAGAAAUAGAUGAAAAUUGAUAAUGCAUUGGACAGAAUACAUUUUUAAGUGUGACAGAAUGAAGCAAAUUGAUUAGCAUUUGCUAGGAAUAUUUUGUUUCUUCUGCAAUAUACAAAAACAUAUCUUAGAAAGCUGCUGCAACAUAAAUGUAAUAAAUGAGAUUAACAAUAUUAAUCUUGGUUGCUGGGAGUUAACAAUUCUGUGAAUUCAGAGGCACAUACAAAGCAUGUGAAAUGAAAAUUGUUCACAGUGAAAGCAUAUCACGACUGAAAAAUGAAAUAUUGGGCUUUGAAAUUAGAAAAAAUUCAGUAAUGAAAAAUGCAACAUUAAUAUUGUGUUUUACUUCCACUGAUUUAAAUUGAUUCAAUAUUCUGAUUAAAUAUAACAUUUAAGAGUGAAACUAACUUUGAACAUUUUACUUUAGUACCUAAGAUUUUAGUCAUAGAUGAGAUGCAGAAAGUUUAGGAUCAAUAUGCUAUUAAUGUGUGUGUAAUAGCUGUGUUCUGUAGAUCAAACUACUGUAUGCAUUUUGAUGUGUCUGUGUUGUAGUUUAGGCUGAAAAUAGUUCAAUAUGACAUCCAGUGUUGCUCAAAUGGAUUUCCGUAUGUGUAAUGGAACUUUCUGUUCCUCUGCUCAUUCCAUAGCCCUUCCCAUAUCUGUGCUGGAGAAUUUUCCCAGUCCUCCAGAACAGAUUUCAGGGGACAACAGAGGGAAAGAGAAUCCAUUAUGUCAAUAAAUACCAUUCUGUUGAGAGAAGAUGCUAGCUAGUUAGACACAUAUAACUUCAUAAUCUACACUAGGAAUAAUAAAAGGUACCUCUAAGAGAACAGUUUUUAUGGAAUCUGACUAAACACUCUAAGUGAAGUCCAGCUUCAUUCAAACCCAUGGAAAUCGGGCCAUUCUCUUACAUGCUACUGUAUCUUUUGGGCUCACAGGCAAGUUACUUUGAACAAGUAAAUGGUUUAAGUCUCCACUUCAUCUCAUUAGAGUAGCAAUAAUAUGCAGACAUGUUUGGCAUAAAUCUCAUUGACCUUAGUGUUGGGCUCUAGCUUUUAAGUAAGUUUGGUCAUGAUAGGAAAGCCUCAAUAUUCCCAUUUUGUAACAGGAUGGAAUGGAGGACUUGGGCAGAUUUAAUGAGGUUAGUUCUUGCUGGGUGCAAAACCAAUUUCAGGUUGGUAGUGUGUGUUUGAAUACAGGUAAAGUCAUAUUUUAUAUGUUCCUGCAAAUAUUGUAUAUUUAUCAAACAAUCUUUGUGUGAUCUUUUAAAAUGAAAAAUAAGCACUGCUGCAGUUCUCCUGUACAGGGUAAAUGGAAGUGUGUGUCUUUGUGUGUGUGUAAGUAUGUUUAGGGUUAUACCUGGAUGUUUGGUUUCAGUAACCUUACAUUGUCCUUCCUGUUAGUCUCUGAUUCAGCCUCAGGUUGCUCAUAACCUAUAACAAUAGGGCCAAGAGCUUGUGUUCUAUAGUCUGAUAAACCUAAAUCUUAACUGGAAAAGCUAGGAUUUCCUGAGCAGCAACUCUUUAAAUGUCAUAGUUACUAAACGUAAGGCUAUCUGCAUUUGCUUCUGAACUAUAAAUAAGGCAUAAAGCUUAAAAAGAUCUCAAUGUAAAAGGUUAAGUCUGGUUUAUGGGUGUAGUUAUAUAUUCAAUUCUAACUGCUCUCAGGAAAUAGAAAGAAAAUGGUUUUACAGAAGAAGCUUCCAUCUACUUCCCUGUAGCAUGAAUAUGAUGAACACAUGGCAACAGUUGCAUCUUUAUUUCUCAAUCACUGCUGUAUUGCAUACCUCAGAAAGGUAAUGUGUGACCUAGGGCAUGUUUCAGAUGGUAUGUCUGGCUAUGAUCUUUGCAAGCCUGCUGUCAGGGAAAACUAAAUGACCACUUGAUUACUUUAUCAUAGUUGGUCAGUUAACUCUGAUAAGCUAUUACACAUUGGAGCAACUUCCUACAGAAUUUCUAUGGAGCAAUAAUUCCUUUCAGUUGAAACACAGGACAUAGAGGGGAAACUGCCUGGAAGGACCCUAGGAAUGGAUUUACCUGCAAUUAAAAUCAACGGGGCCCAAAUCACUUCCCUGUAUGCCUAGCACAAUCCCAUUGCCUUCUAUAGAGUAAUAUGUAUAUAACCAUAGAAGCAUCAUCAGGAUGUAAUGUGAAUACAUUAUUCUCAAGGUAUUCAGGUAUUGUGCUUGCUGCAUGUUUACAGGAUGGUGGGGUAAUACACAGUACACUCUUAAUAUACUUGAAAUUGCUUUCUUCUCUGUUAUAUUUAAAGUCUUAUGAAAUCUCUCUUCUGUACAAUAGUCAGCCUAAGUGCCAUAAUAAAGUAUAUUCUGUAGUAUAUAAAAUCUAACAUUUUACAUCAUACCUAAUCUGCUUAUUUUUCACUUCUUGUAACUAGGUUGGAUCUAAGUAAUACUUUAAAAUUGUUUACAUUUGGCAUUGUGAAGAUGUCUAGUAUUUAACAAAUGUAUUGUAUUUAAUAAAAGAUGAUUGGAGGAUGAUGAGAGAUAUGAUUGAGAGAUGUAUAUAUUUGGACAGUACCAAAAUAGGAAAACCUUACUGUGCUAUUACUGAAGUAGUAAGAUCCCAAAGUAAUAUAUGUGUCUGCUUUAUAAAGAAUAUUUUUGUAUUUCUGUUGGUGACUUUAUUCAUGUAGAAUCUCUGAUUUUCCUUAUUAAAUUGUUCAGCUUUAGUGAUCUUGUUUACUUCUAUUGAAAGGUAUUCUGUACUGUAUUUUUGGAAAUCUUAUUUUUAAAUAAACAAUUGUGUGUGAAUUUUUCUGUAAAAUUCAAUAUACUAUAUAAAAUGCUAAAAUUAUA